UAUAUAUAUAUAUAUAUAUAUAUACAUGACCAUUUGGAUAUUCUUUAGUAUAAGUGAAUAGAAAUUUCAACUUUAGAUAUAAAUGAAGUUGAUCAUGUGUCACUUGGUCUGUUGGUCCCUGCUUUCGCAUUCAUAUUACAUUUUUGUGUAGAAAAAAUAAUGGUUGAUAAAUAAUAGACAACGAAACCACGCUCGUUUUUGUCACAGUAACUCAAACAAUGUCUUCCUCAAAACUCAUCAUCUCCAUCACUUUCUUCUUAUCUCUCCUCCUACGAUUCUCCUCCGCCCAAACCGCCGUGAAAGCUACGUACUGGUUUGCGGAGAGUGAAUCUCCGGUCACCGCCAUUGACUCAUCUCUCUUCACCCACCUAUUUUGCGCUUUCGCUGACAUCAACCCUCUAACAUAUCAAGUCAUUGUCUCCUCCAGGAACAAACCCAAAUUCUCCACCUUUACACAAACCGUCCAACGGAGAAACCCUACCGUGAGAACCCUUUUGUCUAUCGGCGGUGAUUUCACAUAUAAUUUCGCGUUUGCGUCUAUGGCAAGUAACCCCACCUCUAGAAAAUUGUUCAUUGCUUCUUCUAUUAAUCUCGCUAGAUCAUAUGGAUUCCACGGUCUCGAUCUAUAUUGGAAGUACCCGAGCACUACGACAGAGAUGGACGAUUUCGGGAAGCUACUUCAAGAAUGGCGAUGGGCGGUUAUAGCAGAGGCUAGAAGCAGCGGUAAACCGCGUUUGCUUUUGAUGGCUGCGGUUUUCUACUCCUAUUCGGUACUGCACCCGGUUCAAGCCAUUGCCGAUAGCUUGGAUUGGGUUAAUCUUGUUGCCUAUGAUUUUUACGAUUCGGGCUCGUCUAGAGUAACUUGCUCACCAGCUCCUCUCCACGAUCCUAUAACCACAGGUCCAAGCUGCGACGCCGGAGUGAGAGCGUGGACUCAAGCUGGACUUCCGGCGAAGAAAGCAGUCUUGGGAUUUCCAUACUACGGCUACGCUUGGCGUCUCACAGACUCCAAGAAUCAUAACUACUACGCUAAUAGCAGCGGACCAGCGAUAUCACCUGACGGUUCCAUCGGUCAGAUAAGAAGGUUCAUAGUGGGUAACAAAGCAACGACGGUUUAUAAUUCGACGUUGGUCCAGAACUACUGUUAUGCCAAGAAGACUUGGAUUGGUUACGAUGAUAAUCAGAGUAUUGUUACGAAAGUGAGAUACGCUAAGCAGAGAGGUCUACUUGGUUAUUUCUCGUGGCACAUUGGAGCUGACUAUAAUUCUCUUCUAUCUCGUGCAGCAUCACAGGCAUGGGAUAAUAAGAGGCAGCAACCACGAUAAUCCUACAGAAGUUUUAAGGUUAACAACGGCAAGGGAAGAAGUUUUGUUUUUGUAAAACUAUGCAAAAAUAUACGUUGUUUGCUUAUUUAUUGCCAAAUCAACAAGGAAUAAUAUGAUAUGGAUAUAUAAUUGAAGCAAGAACCAUUUCUUUUCUUUUCUUAAUUAGAAAAGAAACCAUA